UACCAUUUCACAAAACAUCAAUAUCAUUGCAGAUUUAAUCAUUACCAAUGUGACAAAAUUAAUACCAAUGCAUCAAAAAUAAUACCAAUGUGACAAAAACAAUACAAUACGACAAAAACACUACCACUACCAUUUAAAAAAAAUCACUACCAUUUUGGAACCAGGAGCCGGCGUUGUGGCAGCUCUGGCAGUAGACGACUCCUUCCACCACGACGUCGGAUUGUAUCUUCUGUGGGGUUGCGGCGGCGGCAUGUUGGUGGUGGUAUUGGGGUUCUGCGGACAUUGAUGGGAGUGAGUUGAGAGGAGAAGGAGGGUGGUGAUGAGGUGGAUGCGAGUUGGCGGCGCCAUUUUUUGGGUUUGGAGGUUGUGGGAAUGGAAUCAAUGGAUACUUGGCUUGUUGAGUUUUUGAUGAUGAGAUUGAGCGAUGAGUUUGUGGGGGAGAUGUGGUGAUUUAUAUAUAUGUAUGGACUAUGGAUAAUGGAUCCGUCAUGGGAGAUUGUUUAUGGACAAGCAGGUGACGAUGGAUGAAGAAGCGGAGCUGUCGGCGAAGGAAGGCGGCGACGUCGAUCUCCUCACUAAACCCAGGUCGCCGUCGAGGAAUAAGCUGACGACGAGAUAGGGCGGUGGCCAUUAGCCUCUCGCAAACCCUAAGCCAUCGUCGGGGAGGGUGAGAGCUUGCGGCUACGACAGGUUUGGCUGUAGAAGUAGGGUUAGGGUAGAAUAUAUAGAAUAAUCAAGUGUGUUCUUUUUUCAUCCAAAAUUAUCCUGAGGCAAUCUUAACUGCAAGAUUAAAAAAAAAAGAGAAAAGAGAAGAAAAUAAAUGGUGGAUACUGAUGUAGCCACGAUGGCUACUAGAAAUCCAGUUACCACCCUAACGCAUUCCUCUUUACGCCAUAACCUAUUCGCCCAAACAUGUAAUUGACGAAUCGAUUGAGUAGUGUGGAGAAAUUGGUCUACCAAACAAUUAGCGCACCUUGAGAGUAUGGGAAGGAAAGGUUGGAGGUUCUGUUCCCCUUCCCUUCAUCAGGGUUCGGUUGGUAUCAUCGAUCGGUAGAUUGGCGCUUGGCGGCGUCGAUUGGGUGUCCAGUCAUCGUUGGUGGGUGUCGACUGCGGGGAUGGGGAACAAGAGGGGCAUAGAAGGUGGCUAGGGUUUAGGAACCCUUUUAUGUUUUGGCCCGGGUUUGGACCCUAUUGGGUUACCGGCCCACAUGUUUGAGCCUCUUUGUUUUGAUUUCUGAUCGAGUCUCUUUUUAUGCUUGUACCUUUCCAUUAGUGCUUUGGCUCGGUCGCCUUCUUAAUGGCACUUAUCUUUUAAAAAAAUGUAUAUUCACAGAUUACAUUGUAAAAAACAUACUACGAGUCCAAAGGGCAGGGUCUAGACUACUUGGUUUAUGAUACAAGCUUGUUAAUUAGAUUGUUCAAACUCGUUCUUCUCUAUUACUUCCCUUGCUCAUUGCCGCAUCAUAUUGUGGUUGGAGUAAGUUGAAGGGACCACCACUAGGUAUCAUGGGUCUGUAGUGUUAGUAAUGACAAUUUGAACUCGUCACGGAUGGUUUACCUCAAUUUAUUUUAAGCUAUUAUUAUUGGUAAUAUUUAGACUGAUUUUAAAUCAUAUUUUCACCAAAUGUUAAUUUAUAUAAUUACAAGUCUUUAUUUUUCAACUAAUUAGACUUAAUUAAUCUACCUAUUAUUUAUAUUUUCAUUUAUGAACUAUUUUCUCUUAAUUUUAUUGUUAAAAAUAAAAAUCUUCUCCAAAAAAUAUACAUGAACGAGUCGGCCUACACCAAAUCCGUACCCAAGUAGGUAUUAUCCAAUAUGAUAUGUGCUUGACUCGAGGCGAAUAUGGGCAUGAGGUACUUGUCUCGCUCCUUCUCAUUGUCAUCACUACAUGUUAGUCUACAGUUUUUACGGUUCAAUUUAAUUGAUUUGAAGCCUAAAAUAAGGUGGUUUGAGAUCAACUCAAUCCAAUAACCCUGUUAGUCUAAACCGUUAAAUUAAAUUGCUCACUCUACCAAGUACACGUAAAACAAUUGAUUUAUUGUAAAGAAACGAAUAAAAUAUGCUACUCUAAUUAUCUAUGAAAACUGUUGUGAUUCUAAGAUAAAUGCCACAAAUAUAUUAUUUGUCCCGAAAACGGGGAAGACUAGUUUCUCUUUUUUUUUUUUUUUUUUUUCAGGCUUGAAAAAGGCAAAACUAAUUAGCUAAAGAAAGAAAAAGAAAUGUGCGUGAUUGUAGGGAGAUUGAGGAAAUAUAUACGAAGAAUAAGAAAAAUUCAAAUGUCAAAUACGAGAAUGAAAGGAGAAGCGUAAUAAAGGGGAUGUGAGUGGAGGAGUGAGAAGGAAACCAAAAACGACAUUGAGGAAUGGUAAACGAACAUAGCCGAAAGAGUUGACACGUAGCACAAACUCUGGCUUGCUAAUGAAAGCAAAACAUGAUACAUAUAAAAAGGGAUGAGAAUGUGGAGAGGCAAACCAUUGCAAAAGCCAUUAAUCCUUGUUCAUCACAAUCUUAUCAAACAGCCAAAAGAAAAGGAAGAGCCUUAUUGUUAUUCCUUGAUGAAAUAGUUUCUUGAUCCCAGCCUUCCCGGGAAUAAUAGAAGAAAAAUCGAUGGUAUAUGCAGCACGUCAAACAUCGAUUGAAUAAUUAGAUACAGUAGAUAAAAGAAGAUAUAUAGAAAAGAGGAAUUAGAUCGAUCAGUGAUAAGGAAAAUGAUGACUCCUACAAUGAGGUUGGUGUUGCUAAGCAUUGUGUUCUUAAUUUAUUGGCCAACUGCGGUGGUUCGGGGGGAAGACCCCUACAUUUUCUUCACGUGGAAUGUGACCUACGGAACACUGGCCCCAUUAGGCACUCCGCAACAGGUAAUAUUGAUUAACGGCGAGUUUCCAGGCCCCGUCAUCAAUUCCACAUCCAACAACAACGUGGUUGUGAAUGUGUUCAACAACCUGGAUGAGCCAUUCCUCAUCACUUGGAGUGGGGUCCAGCAGAGGAAGAACUCGUGGCAAGAUGGGGUGCUUGGGACCAACUGCCCAAUCCCACCAGGCUCAAACUACACCUACCACUUCCAGGUGAAGGACCAGAUCGGAAGCUUCAUGUACUACCCAUCCACAGCCAUGCACAAGGCCGCAGGUGGAUUCGGAGGCCUGCACAUCAAUAGCCGCCUCCUAAUCCCGGUCCCUUACCCAGAUCCCGAGGAUGACUACACGGUCAUUAUCAACGAUUGGUACACCAAGACCCACUCGGCACUCCGCAACAUGCUGGACAGCGGCCGCACCUUGGGCAGACCCGAAGGCGUCCUCAUCAAUGGCAAGAAUGCCAAGGGAGACGGAAAGGACGAGCCCCUCUUCACCAUGAAGCCUGGGAAGACAUACAAGUACAGGGUGUGCAAUGCCGGGUUGAAGACCUCCCUCAACUUCAGGAUCCAGGGCCACGGCCUGAAGCUAGUCGAGAUGGAAGGCUCUCACGUUGUACAGAACGUCUACGAUUCACUAGAUGUCCAUGCGGGAGGGUGCCUGGCAGUGUUGGUGACGGCGGACCAGGAUCCCAAGGACUAUUACAUGGUGGCCUCCACUAGGUUCACCAAGACGGUGUCCACUGGGAAGGGAAUCAUCCGUUACGAAGGAGGGAAGGGCCCAGCAUCAGCUGAGAUCCCCGCAGCUCCAGUUGGGUGGGCCUGGUCCCUGAAUCAGUUCCGGUCCUUCAGGUGGAACCUCACAGCCAGCGCCGCGAGGCCAAACCCUCAAGGCUCUUACCACUACGGCCAGAUCAACAUCACCCGCACCAUCGUGCUUGCCAAUACCGCUGGGCGGGCCAACGGGAAGCUUCGCUACGCCAUCAACGGGAUCUCCCAUGUGAACCCACCCACCCCGCUGAAGCUGGCAGAGUACUAUGGAGUUGCUGAUAAGGUGUUCAAGUACGACAUCAUGCAAGACAGGCCACCUGCCUCCGACAAGGCUGAGAUUGUGAUGCAACCUAAUGUUGUGAACAUCACCUUCAGGGACUUCAUCGAGAUCAUCUUUGAGAAUCACGAGAAGAGCAUCCAGGCCUACCACUUGGAUGGCUACUCCUUCUUUGCAGUGGCGAUCGAGCCUGGAACUUGGAGCCCAGAUAAGAGGAAGAACUACAAUUUGCUUGAUGCGGUGAGUAGGACGACGAUCCAAGUAUACCCAAAAUCGUGGGCAGCCAUUCUAUUGACUUUCGACAAUGCUGGGAUGUGGAACAUCAGGUCAGAGAUUUGGGAGAGGACAUACCUUGGCCAGCAGUUGUAUGUCAGCACGCUUUCUCCAGGGCGCUCUCUCAGGGACGAGUACAGUCUUCCCGACAACUCUUUGAUCUGUGGCAUCGUCAAGGAUAUGCCCAAGCCUCCACCAUACACCCUCUAAAUCCCAUCCACCCCCUUCUGCCACCUACCUCCAAUUCGAUCUCUUCAUAUCAUUAAUAAAAAAAAAUUAACCCAACGCAGCAGCAGCAACUUUCAACAAAUCCUAAGGAUAUAUCAUAUCGUCCAUGCAUCCUUCUCGCCCAAGAUCUGAGAUCGAGUUUGAGCAGUAAAUUCACGAGAGAGGCAGGGGAAACACGCCUACAAAGAUCAAGAAAAGCCAAACCCAAAAAAGUAUAUAAAAAAAAAAAAACAAAAGAACUCCUUAUGUGAUCUUAUGUCUUUACAUUUUCUCUUUUUCCCCUCUGAGAUUUGGCUUUGUUUCCUUCAAUUACUUGUAUUGCUCUUCUUCUUUCAUAUAAUCAAAUAUUCUUAUCUCUUCUUGUUCAUUUUCAUGCGCUCCCCACUAUUUUAUUUAAUCAUCCAGUGCUCCAAGUAUUUAAUUUACACUAGCUAGCUAGCUUUCAGAAAUCAUUAUGUAAUGUUGUUGCUUCAUACUUAAUUAUUCGUUGAAAGUCUCAAUAAACUUUAUUCCCUUAC